CCGCAUCACGAGAAACAUUGAAUAGCAGAUCUCCGGCGGCAACCACCCGACUUUCAGUAAAAAGAAGGAACGGACAAAGAAGGAGCAUAAGGAAGAAAAAUGGCCAAACUGAUCUCCUUCUCGAAUCGGUCAAAACAAGUUCGCGUAGCAGUUUGUGGCUUAUCCGGCAACAUCGACCGCUCUGUAGUGGGCGGCGUGGGGAAAUCGUGGCUGUGCUCGCGUCUCGUGCACACUGCGCAGGAUGUAUUUGUCGAAGCCGUGCUGGGCGACUCUGGUGAAGAUCUUCACUCGUCCACACUGAGCCACGAGGACUUUUUCACACGUGAGGUCGCCAACGAUCACUUCUUGUACUACGGUCGACGGACGGUGGCAGUGCCGACAGAUGGCGUGAAGGAUGUGGAGGUCGAAGUUCACGUUGUCGAGCAAACGGAGCUACUGGACGGGGAUCACGGUCAAGUUCCCUUCCAACCAAGCGGACCUCUGGCCAAGCCGUACAACCAGCGGGCAGUCAAGCGAAAUCUGAUACCUUGUUGUGCUCCGAAACAUGUCUACAUCAACCGGCAGCAGGUUUACCGCUGUGCCAGGAAUAUGAAGUUCGACUUCGCCGGCCGACCGCACCUGGAGAGAAUUUUCCCCCAACCCUUCAAGGUUGACGUGUAUUUGCUCGUGUACGACGGCUCGCUCAGCCAGCGCGCUGCGAUCGGUACUGCCCAGAAGGCGCGGCUGGCCGAGCUGCUGCUGGAGGUGGAGAACAAGGGACGCACAGAUCGCUGCAUCGCCGUCAUCACCAAGUGCGACGAACUCCCGCUCAGCGUCAUCCAGUCAGCAACUCAGGACAUACAGAGCACAUGCGAGCGAGUGCGACUGAGCAAGCCCAUACCAGCCAUACCGGUUAGCGCCAGGGAAAACGUCAACAUGGACUUUCUACAGCAAACGAUCGUGCUUCGCGCCUGGGGCAAAAUCGAAAUGACCAGGAUUCGGCCAUAUGAUGAGGCAGUGCGCGUUCAGGAAGGCAGUUUGGGAAGCGACCUGAAAAAGCUGGAAGCAGCGCUCUUGGAGGAUUACGACGGGGACCAGCUGCCAAGCUGGGCGAGCUUUCAUCACAAGUAUUGCAAAACGCCAUGGCUGAAACACCUUGUGUCUUACCGUGGCGUAGAAGGCGUUCGGGCAUCAUUUGAGGAGAAGAUUCGGCCAUGGCGCAGUAAUGCAGCAGGGUCGGUGCAGACCAUUCCUGCAAUCACCAUGGCUAAUGACAAGGAUUGGACACUGGUGCCACAGAACUGUUUCCCGUUCUCGUGCACCGAAGCCCGCGAAGCUGCUGACAGCGCUUCCGAGCCACUGGCCCAGCGCCGAUUUCAUCGCAGUCCCAAUCGCAGACCACCCCGUUCACGCUUGAACAGCGCAGAUGGGCCGAAAACCAAGCCCAACAAUCAGUUGGCGAUGACACCUGGGUCUCCACCACAAAUCAGCAGCCCAGAGGCCGACGGAGAGACCUGUCUAACGACUGCAUCUGCUCCCAUCCUACCAGUUACACGCUCAACACAGAAGCCGUCUCCUGUUCCGAUUCCUGCGCAGCGCGGUCGUCCAAUCAAGGCCAAGCCUCGGUUGUCAGUGACCAACCCGCCUUCAAACCCACAAGCAACUCUCAAGGACACAGCCGGCAUUCCAGAGGCAGAUGUUGCCGGAACAGAUGUAUUCUAUGAAGAUAUCGAGCCUACAAGCCCGCCACACGCGGUUCUACGUGCACCUGAAAUACCCAAGCGAACAUCAUCCGCAGAUGCCACACAGUCAGACCAACUACCACAGGAAAGCGCAAGGAAAGCUCCGCCGCCAAAACCGCCAAGACGAAAUCGCCAGGCGGCUGCCAGCGAGUCUGCCACGAGAAGCCUGCCAAAUGACGGCGUAUCGAACGUGGUUACAGUGCAGGAGCACUCACGUCACUCCUCCUUGCCGCUGUCAAAUCGCACCGACGGUCGGCUUUACUCCCGUCCCGGUCUGUCUCAGUCGCAGAACAAUGGCUGGUUCAGGAUGGCUGUGGACGAGACGGAUCAUCCCAACCGAGCACCUAUUGCCGUGCAGAAUGGCCCUAAUGAAACGUCGGCGGAUAAAAAUUUGUCGAACCCGAUCUACAUGGAAGGCGCAGGCGGAGGAGCAAGAGAGAUCAGCCGGAAUACGAGAACACGGGAAUACUUUGCACGGAUGAAGAUCGCCGGGGUGACGGAGAGCUACGACGCCGUGGCCACCGUCGACCUGCCCGACAUCCCCACCGUUCAGUCGGACGGCACACCGCUGCUCCUGCCUCGCCCUGCCGUUGCCAACGAAAUGCCGUACUCGUGCACGCUAGUGAGGUCAGCGGCGGCAGCAGCAACCGAGACUGCGACAGCGCCCAUCAAGCCGGGCAACAGCCGCACGUUGACUUCAGCACAGCAGAACCCGGUGAUGCCAUCCGUGCUAGAAGACCCGCAGUACUGUGAUUCCGGGGGCAAUGCACGCGAUAAGAAUGCAAGAACACAGCCUCGUGCACAGACGAAACUGCUCGCUCCUCACCACCACGACCCGCAGUUUCUGCUCUCGGACAUACAGCUCAACAAGCUGCACGUCAUGCGCGGGCUUUCCUCGCAGAUCUCGCACAAAAGCUACCUCUCGGAGAUGUCGACGUUGUCCAUCGACGUCCAAACGAAGGCCAACCGCUCCUUGUCGGACCUUCUCUGUGAGAUGAACACGUCAACGGACACCGCUGGAUAUGUCAAAACGGCGGGUUUUGUAGCCGCAGCUCCGGACAGUGGCUCUGCAUCCGAUUCAGACACCGAUUCUCUUGACUAUAUUUCCCCGUGAUUUCAUGCUUCUAGAAGUGUGCUUGUUAUUUGUCCUCACCAGAAUAACAGGCAGUGGAAUGCCUUCGCACUAGACUACGCGCAGUCCUCACAAGUGAUGAUUAAUAUUCCUGCAUCAGUUCGACAUAAUGAUGCUGGUUUGUACUUCGAAGGAAUGCGACUCGGAUUUCUUGACUUCUCAACUUUGAUGCUGUAAGCUGAACUUGCCUAUAGACUAGAAAGCGGUUGAGAGCCAAUUUUCAGUGACUUCAAACAGUUGUUUUCAAACUCUUGAGAUGCCAAGAGAACUGCCAAAGUAUACAUUACCCUAGUUGAAAAUAUGCAAUUCAUCUUUGCCUUUUGACAUGCUCGCCACUGCCUUGAGAGGUUUCUGCCAGUAUAUUUUACAAGCCCAGAUCCUAACUUUCUAUGAUACAUUGAAGUGCAACUUUCGGAACAGACUUAUCGCUUA